AUGACUGCUACCAACUCGCUCCUGCGCUGUGUCGAGGAGCGCACGCUUCCGCCCUUCGAAGACCUCACGGUCGAAGAGAUGGCGCCGGCGGUCCGCACCGCCCUGGCCAAGCUCGAGGCCGACAUCGCGGCUUUUGAAGAGGACCUCCGCGAGCCCAACGCCGACGUGCGCUAUGAGACGAUCUUGGAUCGCCUCGAAGUCGAGGCCGAUGGGCUGGACCGUAUCUGGGGCAUUGUCGGCCACCUCAUGAGCGUCAAGAACUCCCCGGCACUGCGCGAAGUGCACUCGGAGCUCCAGAACCAAGUCGUGACGAUCCUCACCCGCGUCGCGCAGAGCGUCGAGAUCUUCCAGGCGCUCAAGGAGCUCCGCGAAGGCAAGGAGUGGGAAACGUACUCGGGUGCGCAGCAGCGUAUCAUUGAGUCCUCGCUGCGGUCGGCGACGCUCAGUGGUGUCGGCCUCUCGGGCAACGAGAAGGAGCGCUUCAACGAGAUCCAGCUCCGCGCCGCCGAGCUCUCGACAAAAUUUUCCAACAACGCGCUCGAUGCGACCAAGGCGUUCUCGCUCAUCGUCACGGACAAGGCCGAGCUCGACGGUCUCCCUGCGUCACUCUUGCAGAUGCUGGCGCAGAACGCUGCCGCUGACGGCCACGAGGGCGCGACGGCCGAGGCGGGUCCGUGGAAGCUCUCGCUCGACAUGCCCGUGUACCUGCCCGUGCUCAAGUACUGCACCAACCGGGCAUUGCGUGAGACGCUGUACCGCGCCAACUCGUCCAAGGCGAGCACCGACCCGUUUGACAAUGUCGCGAUCAUCAACGAGACGCUGCGUCUUCGCCAAGAGAAGGCCCAGCUGCUCGGCUUUGCGACGUUUGCCGAGCUGAGUUUGGCCAAGAAGAUGGCGCCGUCUGUCGAGGCCGUCGAGCAAAUGACCAACGAGCUCCACGCCAAGUGCUUUACCAUCGCCGAGUCGGAGCUCGCGCAGCUCAACGCGUAUGCGGCCACCCACGGCGUGAACGAGCCGCUCGCCAACUGGGACGUGCCCUUCUGGACGGAAAAGAUGCGCCUCGAGCUCUACUCGCUCGACGACGAAGCGAUCAAGCCGUACUUUCCGCUGCACAAGGUCCUUGACGGCCUCUUCGCGCUCGCGUCCCGCCUCUUUGGCAUUGUCAUUGAAGCCGCCGACGGCCAAGCGCAGGUGUGGCACAAGGACGACGUUCGCUUCUUCAACAUUCGGUCGGCCGAGUCGAACGAGAUCAUUGCGCGCUUCUUCCUCGACUCGUUUGCGCGCCCGGCCGAGAAGCGCGGCGGUGCGUGGAUGAACAGCGCUGUUGGCCGCUCCAAGCUCCUCGGCGCUAAUGGCGCGAUCCGCAUUCCUGUGGCGUACCUCAUCUGCAACCAGUCGCCGCCCGUCGGCGACAAGCCGAGCUUGAUGAACUUCCGCGAGGUCGAGACGCUCUUCCACGAGUUUGGCCACGGCCUCCAGCACAUGCUGACAACUGUCGAGCACGAAGCGGCCGCCGGCAUCAACGGCGUCGAGUGGGACGCGGUCGAGCUGCCGUCGCAGUUUAUGGAGAACUUUUGCUACCACCGCGGCACGAUCAACGACAUUAGCGGCCACUACGAGACCAACGAGCCGCUGCCGGCGGAGCUCUUUGAGAAGAUCUGCGACGCGCGCAAGUACAUGGCCGCGUCCGGGAUGCUGCGCCAGCUCAACUUUGGCGCCCUCGACAUGCACCUCCACCACAAGUUUGACCCGUCGGGCGACGAGACCAUCUUUGACGUGCAAAAGGCGAUUGCGGCCAAGUUCACUGUGCUUUCGCCCUUGCCGGAAGACCGGUUCCUGUGCUCGUUCUCGCACAUCUUUGCGGGCGGGUACUCUGCCGGCUAUUACAGCUACAAGUGGGCCGAGGUGCUCUCGUGCGACGCGUUCAGCAAGUUUGAAGAAGCCGGCCUUGACGACGAAGCCGCGCUCGCCAAGACGGGCCGCGAGUUCCGCGACACGGUGCUUGCGCUCGGCGGCUCGCGCCACCCGCUCCAGGUCUUUGAAGCGUUCCGUGGCCGUCCCCAGAGCACCGAGCCGCUCCUGAAGCAGUACGGCCUCUCGGCGUAA